AAAAUACUCUCUUUUUUUUUUCAUCUGUUUGUAUAGAUUUUGAAAUAAAUAUUGCGCAAUCCAACGGCUAGUGCAAUCCACCAAAUAAAGAAAAAAAAGAAAGAAGAAGGAGGUGAAAUAAUUCUACCGCAUAUAGAACCUGAACCAUAAACCCUCUCCUUCCCCUCCCCGCAUCACCCUCGGGUUUGAGACCUCGGGUUCUCUUUCGAUUGAUCUUCGUUCGCCACGCCGACCGUUUGGAUUGCACAAUAGCUGCUUCGAGAUCCGUGCAGACGGAUGAAUGAAGAGAUCGAAUUCGAUCGGCUGCUAGGAGAUCAAACCCUAGCUCUGGCUCGCAUAUCCUUUUACAAGGCGGUCAGGUCUCCAGUGUCUCGACUUCGAUCCAAAUCUCCGCUCCGCGAUGGGGAUCGAUCUCUUCGACUCGUGCGAUCCGGGCACCGAGGACGUCGACCUCUCCAAGAUCGAGGUCGACAAGCAGUACGCCCGGCGAUUGGAGCACAACAAGAAGCGGGAGGCCCUCCAGAGGUACGAGGAGCUCAAGAAGCGCGGCCUCGCCGGCAACUCCGACGACUCCGACGAGGAUGAGUCCUCGUCAGACGACGGCAACGACGAUCCCGUCGACUCCGGUAAGAGGGACCUCCAGUUCUUCGAUGCCCUCGUCAGGGUUCGGAAGAAGGACCCCAGUAUCCUCCAAAAGGAUGCAAAAAUCUACUCCGAUGAUGAAGAAGAGGGGGAGGAGAAGCCCAAAGCUGCGAAAAAGGAGAGACCUUUGUACCUGAAGGACGUCAUGGCCCAGCAUUUGAUCGAGGAAGGACCGGAAUUCGGUGGGAAGCCGCUGAAAAAUAACCCCAAGGUCUACAACAAGGAGCAGGAGGAGGGUCUCAAGGCAUUCCUGGAGGCGGCGGAGAAAGAGGAAGAUGAAGCCGGGUCUGAGGAUGAUGGCGAUAUCAUUAAAGAGAAGGAGGCGGUUGUGGAGGAGGUUGAUGAGGAUGCCGAUGAGCGCAACAAGAAAUUGGAUGAUUACUUCGGGAAAGAUGAUGAAUUGAACGAGGAUGAUUUGUUCCUGAAGAACUAUUUUCUCCAGAGGCCGUGGGCCACGCAGGAUAAGGACAACAAGCGGCCGUUCGACGACAUUGAUGUUUCAGAGGACGAGGAUGAGCUCGACAAGCAGGAUAGGUAUGAGGCGGAGUACAAUUUCCGGCAUGAGGAAGGGGAGGCGGACCGAGUUCUGGGUCACUCGAGGUUUAUUGAAGGGUCGGUGAGGAAGAAGACGAGCAGCAGGAAGCUGCAGAGGAAGAGCAAGGAGGAGAGGAUGGCGCUGGCUGAGUUUGAGAGGAAGGAGGAGCUGAAGCACUUGAAGAAUCUGAAGAAGAAGGAGAUCCAGGAGAAGCUCGAGAAGAUUCGAGCGAUUGCAGGGGUUGGAGAGGAUGGGGUCUGCAAGCUGGAUGAGGAUGAUCUAGAGGAAGAUUUCAAUCCAGAGGAGUAUGAUAAGAAGAUGAAAGAAAUGUUCGAUGCGGACUAUUAUGAUGCCGAGGAUGCUGAUCCAGGGUUUGGAAGCAAUGACGAGGCUGAUUUGGAGAAGCCGGAUUUUGAUAAGGAAGAUGAAUUGCUUGGGCUUCCCAAAGGUUGGGAUGUUGGUGGAUCUAAUGAGGGGUUUGAGGCAGUGAGAGAGAGGGUCUUAAAACAGAAAGAGGAAGAAGAGCCACAAAAGGAGGAGGGUAAGAGGAAGAGGAAGCGUAAAAUCUCUCUUAAGGAGAAAGUUGGACUUGAUAAGGAGUUGGAGGAGUAUUAUAAGUUGGAUUAUGAAGAUACAAUUGGAGACCUGAAGACUCGGUUCAAGUACAAGUCUGUUCCAGCUAAUAGAUAUGGCUUGCAACCUGAAGAGCUUUUAGUGGCUAAUGACAAGGAUUUGAACCAAUAUGUUUCCCUGAAGAGGUUAGCACCGUAUAGGGAGAAGGAGUGGAAGGUGACGUAUCACCAGAAGUUGAAAAAGGAUUUGAUUCUUCAUGGAGGAAAAACAGAUGCCCACAAGAAUGGUAAGAAGCAGAGGACAGAGGGAGGCCCAAGAUCGACAGAGCCAGAGAAGGAAAAACAGAAAACAGAACCUGAGGAAGCAAAUGGUGAACCUAAUCCAUUGUCUAGGCGCAGUAGAAGAAGACGCCGGCAGGCUGAAUUGAAACUGUCCCACUCGAGGCUCAUGGCUUAUGGAAAGGUCCCCUCGAAACCUCGGAAGAAGCACUAAAGUUUUUGGAGAAAGUUGCAUGGAUAUUUAAAAGGUUGUUCAUUUAUAAAAUUUUGUCUUCUUUUGUUAUUGAUUUUUAGGUAGGCAAAUCCUGUACUCUUUUCCUCAAAAGAUGGAGUGAUCAGUCAGCUUUCCUUUCUUUUCCUGGGUCUCUAAUGUUGGAAUCCUAAUACUCUUCAUAGUCGUUGUGUUUAAAUUGCUAUUUGUGAGGCACAUUUGAGCACUUUGCAGUGGAAAAGUAAUUUAUUA